UCUUCAUUAACAAACAAUGGAUAAAACACCACUAACUAGCAAGCCAAGUUCAGAGUUGUCUCUUCAGAAAGACCUGGACGAAAUCGACGAAUUUGUAUUCAAACUAAAACUCCACACACUCUUCGAGUAUAAUAAGGCGUGUCACUACCGAAAACUCAGGCUUAGUAUUUCAAGAGCACAAUACAGAGAUUGACAAAUGAUCAAGGAACUUAAUAAACUAGGUACCCAAAGAAUCAUGGCACUCGGAUCCUUUGUGUUCAGAGCUCUCCAAACCUCGAAAGAUAGAGAGGUUAAUGAGUUCAUGGAUAAAUCCUUCCCGAAAGAAGUGGCUGAGCUAAUGCUAGAUGAUUUCCCUAAGAUGCUGAAGAAGCCAUUCAGCUUCUACCGUAUUUCCUUUAUCAAAGUAUUGCCGUGUGUGACUCGCUCAGUUGGGCUCACUGGAUUUGCGAUCAAGCGGUCUCAUUUUGAAUCAAUUGUGUAUCAUACUCGCCAUUUGAAAGAACUAGAGCUCGGCCAAUGAACUCUUGACUCAAAAGAGGCUCGAUUCAAACAUGGCGAGUACAAACUUGCCAGACUCAAUUUUAGUCACACUGGGAACCAAAGAUUCAGCAACUGGGAGAAGCAUAAACAGAAAUUUACAGACAUCAUUAAGGCUAUCUCAGAAUGCAGCCUCAGAGAGUCUAUUAGAGAAAUAUGCAUUAGAUAUUGCAGAAUUCAUCAAAAGGAAGCCAACGAAAUAGCUAUUAGCCAUAAACUAUUCGGAAUAAUGAUCAUAGGAGUGCACAGCGAUGAUCACGGUCCUUAUUCCUUCUUCGUGGACGACCCUUCUCUGACUCUCGAAGACAUGGAGGGAGAGGAUUGUUAA